AUGCCAAAAGCACACAAAUCGCCUGGCGGCGUGCGCGACCAGCGACACAACCCUCUUGCCGAAGAAUAUGCCCCGACGGACCCAUGGAAGAACAAGCCCGCAAAGCGCCAAAAGCGCAACAGGGACGACAAGGACGAGGAUCAAGCCUUUGUAGACUCCAAGAGCUCGCGCAAGAUAUUGGAGAUUGGCCGCGAACUCGAAGAGGAAGACGAGAAAGAGAGCCAGGCACGGCGACCGCGCGAAGCCAACCCCGCCUUCGACUUCGACACGCGGUUGGGCGAGGACGACGUAGCGGUAGAAGAGGUGGCACAGUUAGACGACGACGAUGAGGCAUGGGGCGAGGAUGAAGACGAGGUCGAGGAGCUGGAGAUUGAUGCAAAUGACCUAGCGGCGUGGAACAAGUUCAUACCCACAGACGACAAUCCCAUUGUGUGGCCAGGCGAAGAAGCACAGCCGUCGGGACCGGGUACAGAUCUCGCAGCCCUAAUCCUUGAGAAGAUUGCUGCACAUGAAGCUGGAGGAGGCCAGGUACAGCCAGAUAUCAUGGGCGGUGGUGCUCCGGAAGACGCCAUCGAGCUGCCCGCCAAGGUCGUCGAAGUAUACUCAAAGAUUGGCCUGAUCAUGUCACGCUACAAGUCCGGCAAGCUCCCCAAACCUUUCAAGAUACUCCCCACAAUGCCCCCCUGGGAAACGCUGCUCGCCAUAACACGGCCCGAGAACUGGACGCCAAACGCCAUGUUCGCUGCCACACGCAUUUUCAUCUCUGGCAAACCACAAACCGCACAAAUCUUUCUCAACACUGUCCUGUUACCCUGUGUACAAGAGAACAUCCGGGAAACACACAAAUUGAACGUACACUUGUAUAAUGCACUCAAGAAGGCACUGUACAAACCGAGUGCCUUCUUCAAGGGCGUCGUGUUCCCGAUGCUUGCCGAUGGCUAUGCUACACAGCGAGAGGCAGUCAUUAUUGCUUCGGUCGUAGCCAAAGUCUCGGUACCUGUUCUGCACUCAGCCGCGGCGUUGCAUCGCCUAUGUGAAAUUGCCGCCGAGCAAAUGUCGUCGGAUCCUGAUGCCGCAGGGCCUGUCAAUAUCUUUAUCAAGACCCUUCUAGAGAAGAAAUACGCGCUCCCAUACAAAGUCGUCGACGCGGUGGUGUUCCACUUUCUGCGAUUCCGAGCCGUUGGCGGAAGUGCGGAUGCGAUGGAUACUGAGAGUGUAGCCGGGGACCUGGGUGGAAUGGGCAAGUUGCCGGUUAUCUGGCAUCAGUGUCUCCUGGCGUUUGCACAGAGGUAUCGAAAUGAUAUUACGGAGGAUCAGCGAGAAGCGCUGCUGGAUUUGCUGCUGACGCGAGGCCACAAGAGCAUUAGCUCGGAGGUGAGGCGGGAACUGCUCGAGGGAAGGGGACGGGGCGUGAUGCUAGAGCCCCCUACUGUGGGCAUGGAUGGGGACGACACGAUGGUCAUGGGUUAG